AUGAACAGUUUUUUUGACUUACGAGUGGCAUUGGUGCACGGUGAUUACCCCGGCCCGACCUACACUGCACUGCACGACAGCACGAGCGAGGGUCAUUAUAUCGGCACCAGCUUGCUCUGUGAUUUCACGCGAGGAACACGUCUGCUCUGCGUGAAGGAACUUACUGCUGCUGUUUCGUCAACCAGGGCAUGUGAACUUACAGUUUUUGCAGUGAACUUGGCACCACGAGAGGAUGCUACUCAUAAUCAGCUUGUAGCACGGCCGUUGGAUCCUCUGCGCGAGCCGAUCUGGAUGGCGGAGGACGCCGUGAGCAGCGAGCCAUUCGAAGCGGCCUGGUCGCAAGCCCCACAACCCAAUCCGUCCGCCAUGGCGUUGUCGGUGCACGCCGCCGCCGUCGCCACCCCGCGUCUCAUGCCCCCUCCCUCGCACCACCGCUCUACUCCGGGCUCGACGCCUCCUCUCCGCCCCGUCCUCCCCGCCGUCGUCUCACUCCGCUCCGGCUCCAGCUCCUCCCGGUGGACGCGGUGGGCGAGCGUGCGGGUCCGCGCGAGCGCCGGCGUCGGAGGCGGGCGGAGGAGGGAGUCCCCCUACAAGGUGCUGGGCGUGUCGCCGUCGGCCGCGCCCGCCGAGAUCAAGCCUGCGUACCGGCGCCUUGCGCUCAAGUACCACCUGGACGUCAACAAGGAGGCGAAUGCUCGGGAGAAGUUUCUGAGGAUCAAGCACGCGUACAACACGCUGAUGAACUUCUAG